AUGGCAGACACGAUGGACAAUGCAGUAGACAAGUGUCGACUCUUCAAACUGCCGCCCGAGCUGCGAAACCGAAUCUAUCGGUACGUGCUAGCCACCUCAGACGACAAGAAUCCCAUCUCGGUCACCAACAGCGGCUACGAGCGACCUCAUCUCCUGGCGACUUGCAAAACGAUCCGAUCCGAAGCCCUUGGAAUCCACUGUGUCGAGAACACCUUCCUCAUCCACAUCGUCGCCUUCGACUCCACGCCCCUGUAUCAAUGGUGGAGCAUGAUGAGGCGCCUCGGCUACGGCUUGAGCGCCAUCACCUUCAAGGUACGCGCGGAUUGGAGCACAGCGUCCUGGCCGAAUCUGCGUCUGUGGCUGCGCAGGGUGCAUAGGAGGGAAGUGCAUGGGAAACCGGCGAGGCCGGCUGCUCUGUUGCAGAAGGGAGAUACAAGAGCUAUCAAAUUUGCGGUUGGGGGCUUGUUUGCGGUUGCGAAGGAGUUGCGUGGUCAGCCUUGGGCGGUUGCUGAGGCUGUGUUGGCUCAAUUGCGUCCGUCGCUGAUUGUGUUGGAUGGAGCCUGGGGGAAGGAUUGA